AACCUUCAUCGUGCCCCCUUUGAUUGGAUAUCCAAAACACGGUCUAUUUCCACGUGACUUUAGUAACGUUGCAUAUUUGCAUCGUGUUUUGAGUUAUGGCUACCAACAGAUGUAUCAUGCAUUUUUAUAACAUGACAUGAGUGUUAAAAUAGGGCAUAGGCCUUUGUCUAGUCACUGACAUUAUUAUUUUUUUUUUUUUUAAUUACUCCUUUAAAUAAAUUAAUCAAAUGUCUAUGAUAUCAUAGGCUACAUAUACGUCUAGCGCACGAAAAUGUAGCCUAUAGCGAGGUGUCCUGUAACUUCAGCCUGCAUUUGCCUUCGGAAUAACCAUGUGAUAGGGUUAGCCCAGAGGGCCCUCUUUGUCUUGUGCAGUUCAUCCAGUUGUACUUGCUGUGUCAGAUAGUCCCCAUUGUUAUGAAAAGGCUAUUCUGAGGGCUGACUGUGAACGUUUAACUUGGAUCAUGACUCACGAGUUUGGCUCUCAGUUGGUAUCCGAGGGGGGUCGGUGGGAAAGGGGAAUGCAAGAGCAAGAGCUGCCUGUAAAGCCUAUAGGAUGUUAAUAUAUUUUCUGUUGCUCCAAUAAAUAACCCAAUUAAGCAAAUAUGGAUUUAACUCCAUUUAACACACAAAUAAGCAUGUUUAGUAGCCUGGAGAGGUACGGAUAACUAGGCUAUAUAUUUAGAAAAGGAGGAGGUCUGAGAAUGGUAUGAGUGAAUGAAACCCACCCUCUCAGUCCUACAGUACAAGGCUCCCUCUGUAAUUAUACCGCCCCUACGCUAUCUCAGCACGAAUAGAACCCCCACCCACCCACAUAAGUAUCAAAACUGCAGUUCAUAUGCAAGAAAUGCAACAUGUUAUACAAGGAAAACUGCAUUACACUACACUGCAUUUUACUACACAAAUGCAAUAUUUUGGACACAGAAAUCCACUGCAGUAUAACUGUCCCAUAACUCCCAUAACCAUUUUUUUGGUAGUAUGUUGGUCUGAAUUUUUAUGAGUUUGACAAAGUAGGAAUCACAGAUUGGGUGUGAUUAAAAAGUGUUUGUAUAUAAUAGAAUGGCAGGGACUGAUUUCAUCCACCAUACACACAUUUGGUUCAACACAAUGACAGUGCACACAAUUUUGUACAUACACACACACACACACACACAAACUGGCAUACACAUACGUACAUAAACACAUCGGACACACACACACACACACACACAGAGACACACAUACUGGUACUAAAAAUCACACUGACACACACACAAACACACACUCACACAUACGCACAUGCAUAGAUGUGUGUAGUAUCAUAAUAAAUACUUGUGCAAUGCAAAUACAGAUGUACAUUUGGGUGUCAUCUUUGUUUGUCAUUGUAAACCUGUCUUUAGUUCUUAUGUGACCUUGUAGAGAAUAUGAGGAUGAGUGUGGUUUUAGAACAUAUAUUUUUGUACAAACAUUUGAACAUUUUGUGAAAUAUACAUAUGCAUACAUAAGCAGAGUUUCAACAAUUAUUGAGCAACCAAGGGGGAGAGCAUGUCAGACUUGUGGUUUACAAGGAAUUGCAGGAGUAGGGGAUGGGGAGAAGUUAAGAAGUGAUUUUCUUCAGAUACAUGCAGCACUGUACGGCAGUCAUAUUAUGUUCCUCUAUGAGGUACACCAAGCGACUCUCCCACAAAUCCCAAGAUAAGCUUUCUCCGUAUAACCAACCUCCAUGGAGUUCUCACUCACCACUACCCUCCUUUUCCAAAGAAAAUUUUACAGCAUCACAAUGGUAGAAGCAGAAGCACCUUUAGCCUUUUCCCUUACAUCAUGAUUGGCUAUUAUAAACAAUAUAGUCACAUUUCACACUGGCUAUCCCUGGACUGCCCUUUUAGGCUGUUUACAAUACCUGCCUGUGUAAUUAGUUACACAAGUUUCUCUGCUGACCUUUGCCAGUCUUGAUUUUUAUUAGGCCAAAUACGGCCUGAAUGAUGAAAAAUACGGUGAGAUCUCCCCCUAGUGGCAGUAUUUAGCAAUUUACUGUAUCAAAGUGUUCCGUACCAUUAUGUCUUUCCAUUACCCGUUUUCCAAUGCUGAAUUCUAUUCUGUAUUACUUGGAAUAAGGAGUUGCCUGAUUAUUUCUGCUGAUGAUUAAUUAAACUUUACAUAAUGCAAACAAUGGUUGAACAAUACUGUGUAUAGCAGUGUUGUUAUCAUCAAUCCAGUGCAGGUCUGCAUUUACUUUUGCACCAGGCAGGUUAAGAUAAUGAAUUAAUUUCCAUUCCAUGUUUGUUUCUCCAAAGAGAAUGCAUGUUUACAGGUGCAAAGAAGUAGUGAAACAUAAUCUUCCAAAAAUAUGGACAGAAAACCUUUCUUGGACUAACAUGUGUGGGAGUUCUGGUCCACUGGAGGUAUGAUGCACUGUAUGGCCUGUGUCUCAGUCACUGCACUUGCCUUUCAAAACUACUGAGCUGGAUGAUGACUUCAGGAAACCACUGGGGAAGUCACUUUUCACAAUAAGUAGUACUGUGAAACGGUAACACACACCACAGUCUAAUCUCUGAAGUCUGAAGAGGACUAGAAGCUCAAGAGGAUAAACCACAAGGAUGCUUCCUCUCCGGGCUGUGCCGGGUCAGUUUAGCCCGGAGGUCCGCGAGCCGGGGCUGCGCGCGUGGAGGGUGGAGAAGAUGAAGGCCAUGCCUCUUGAGUCGGAGCGGCUGGGGGUGUUCUUCAACGGGGACGCCUACCUGGUGCUGAGCAACCGCGGAGAGGAGGGAGCGGACCUGCACAUGUGGAUGGGAGAGAAGUCCUCACGGGAUGAGCAGGGGGCGUGUGCCAUGCUGGCCAUCCAGCUGGACCACUUCCUGGGCGGACACCCAGUCCAGCACCGGCAGGUCCAGGGCUACGAGACACUCGAGUUCAUGAGCCUCUUCCCCAACGGAGUCAGCUACAAGGAGGGUGGUGUGGAGUCUGGGUUUAGGAGGGCCCAGAGGGCUUCUGGUCUGGUCCACCGUCUCUACCAGGUCAAAGGGAAGCGCAAUGUCCGAGCCAAGGAGGUUGAGCUGAGCUGGAAGAGUUUCAACAAAGGGGACUGCUUUGUCUUAGAUCUGGGGGAGACCAUUGUAUCAUGGAGCGGAUCAAAGGCAAACAUGUUUGAGCGUCAGAAGGUACGGGAAAUCGCUGCACUCAUACGUGACACGGAGAGAAACAGCAAAGCCCAAAUCAUCUAUGUCAGAGAGGGAGAGGAGCCACUGGAAAUGGUUGAGGUUCUUGGACCUAUUCCACAUUUGGGAGAGAGUACACCAGAGGAUGACACCCAGACAGACGUGUUGAACUCAGCCACUUUGUACAAGGUGUCUGAUGCCACAGGAUCCAUGGCACUGACCAUGUUGUCUGACAAAAGCCCUUUUAGUCAAGAGCUGCUAGAAAGAGACGACUGCUUCAUACUGGACAAUGGCUACAACGGCAAAAUAUAUGUCUGGAAAGCAGGGCAUGGAGCCAACUCUGAGGAGAAGAUGAUGUCUCUGAAAAUAGCUGACCAAUUUAUCCAGCGGAUGAGCUAUCCCUUGGAAACACAGGUGGAAAUUCUCCCUCAGGGCCGCGAAUCAAUCCUCUUUAAGCAAUUUUUCAAAAACUGGAGUUAAAAAAAACUGGAGUGACAUACAUACACUGAACUGGAGGGACACAAAAUGGAAACUGGAGUGACAAAAAAACAGAUCGAUAGUCUACUCUAAACUAUAGAUCUAUCAGUGCUAAUAGUCUAAACUAUAGAUCUAUCAGUCCCAAUAGUCUACUCUAAACUAUAGAUCUAUCAGUGCUAAUAGACUAUGAUAGGCACCACUUUUGUCUAUUAUUAUCUAAUCAAAGCCAAUAGUUCACAGUUUGUAUAUUGAUGUGUCUCCAACAUCUCUGGGGCUUCCUCAUGUAUUUACUGAUGUACAAUUAGAAAAAUGUUGAUAAAACACUGUGGUUGUACUAAA